UGACAUCAAUCAACUAAUCAAAUUUUUUGCUAAGAGACAAAUUGAUGAAGCAGAUUUCUAUUAUGAUUUUGAACAAGAUGAAAAUGGUGCAUUGGUUAAUUUCUUUUGGAGAGAUGGAAGGAUGAUGAGAGAUUAUCAUUACUUUGGUGAUUUGUUAGUUUUUGAUACUACUUAUAGGACUAACAAAUAUGGUAUGAUUUGUGCUCCAUUUGUGGGUAUGAAUCAUCAUGCAAAUAUGUGAUGUUUGGCAUGGGAUUUAUACUUAAUGAAAGAACAGAAUCAUUUGAGUGGUUAUUUGAUACUUUUCUAACUUCUAUGGGAAGGAGAAGUCCUAUUACUAUUAUGACUGAUCAAGCUCAAGCAAUUGCAGCUGGGAUAAGAAAUAUUUUCCCCAAAGGUGUUCAUCAUAGAUUAUGUGUGUGGCAUAUUGAACAAAAUUCUAAGAAACACAUUGGGGCGUUGAGAGCUUUGGAUGGUUUCACUGAUUUAUUUGGUUAUUUACUGAAGUAUUGUGAAACUCCACCAGAAUUUGAGCAUUAUUGGAAAAGAAUGUUGUUGAAAUAUGACUGUGCAAAUGUUGAUUGGUUGAAUGAUUUGUAUAAAAUCAAAGAGAUGUGGUGUCCAGCUUUUUCAAAGAAAUUUUGGUCAGGAGUGUGCUUUCAUCUCAACGUAGUGAGACAACUAACAAAUCAGUUUCUCAAAGGCUUAACAAGACACAAGGUCUAUGUGAUUUCUAUCAAGUGUUUCUCGAUAUCAUUGUAUACUAUUCAAGCUUAUGUGCUUUUUGAGGAAGGGCUCAUUAAGGGUACUGCUUGUGAUCAUAAGGAUGCUGGUGUGAAUUUUCCUGAAUAUUAUUAUCAUUUGUGGAGACCUGGGAAAUAUAUGAUCAAGCACGAGAUUCCAGAUGACUAUAUAUGUAAGAGGUGGACUAAGGCUGCUAUGUGUAGUCAUGGCCUUGAUGAACCUGCAAUGAAAACCAAUAUUGAGAGUGUUACUGGUACUAUUGAUUUUAAUGAACCGGUUGAAGGUAUUGAAAUUGUUGAUCAUGAAGUUAAGAAUCCGGCAAAAUCAAGACCUAUUGGAGAGAGGAAUUAUAGGCCUAAGAGUAAUUUAGAGAAGGCUUAUAACAAAGCCAGGGGUCAGUGGUUGAAGAAAAAGUCAGUAUACACUCCUUAUAAAAGAUCUAAAGGUCAAGCAGUAGUUCGGGAAUUGGACGAGAAUGGGUGUCCUAUAUCUUAUGCUAAUUCUUUGGUUGAUCCUAAUGAGUUAAUUGUGAUUGAAGAUCCAAGUGCUCAGGUUUGUAAUAAAAAGACUGCCAUUGUAGAAGAUAUCCCUUCAGAUGAUAGUGUUUCAAAUGACUUUGAACAGGAAUAUGGAUAUAGCUCUAUGCAAUCAAACGUUACUGUUGAUCCAGACAUAUCUUCUAUUGUUAAGGGUAAAACAGCUGCAAUUGCUCAUGAUGUUGAUAAUUUUCCAAUAAGUUCUCAAUUGCCACCAAAGAAACCAAGAAAUGUACAAUUUCCCACAGUUGUGCAUGCUCAAAUCAAUGCUCAAGCUCCUUCUAAAGUUUCUAGCAUUGUUCAAAAUCCUCCAAAAGCUCCAAGAAAUGUUCAAGUUCGUUCUAGUGUUCCGAAGAAAGUUCAAGCUCCUUCUAAUGUUCCAAGAAGUACUCAAGGCUGUUUUCGGAAUGUUCAAGUUGAUUCUAAUAUUUCAAGAAAUGUGCAUGAUGUUCCUAAUGUUCCAAGAAGUACUCAAGGAAAUUCAAGGAAUGUGCAAGUUUCUCCUAGUGUUUAA